GUAGUAACAACUACGAAUUCAACGAGAACGUGUUUAAGUUGUAUGUGGAGCUCUCGUAAACUAAUAGGAAAACAGUUCAAAAUAAACAAACGAAGUCAGUUCAUCAGUUGAUAGAAGGAAUUUGGAAUCGACAUAUCGAGAAAUGGUUGUGUUUAUGAGAAAUGCUCGACAAUUAUUUUCGUCUUUGCCACAAAUUCGUCUCUUUUCAUCAUAUCAUCCGAACUCAAAUAGCAGUGAAGUCACUCUAAGCUACUUAACAGACGACAAACACCAAGGAAUUGCAAUUAUCGGAAUGAAUAAGCCAGACACGCGAAAUGCAUUCAACACAUCGAUGAUAAGUAAUUUGACAGGUGCAGUGGAUGUGUUAGCGCGUGACAAAAGUGUUCGUGUUGUCAUUGUAAGAAGUUUAUUGCCGGAUGUAUUUUGCGCGGGUGCUGAUUUGAAAGAACGAGCCAAUUUCACCGUUAUUCAAAUGCAACGUUGGCAUGCAUCUCUUCGUGGUUUGUUGAAAAAUAUCGAGCAAUUACCGAUGCCGGUUAUUGGUGCUGUAGAUGGUGCGGCUCUCGGCGGUGGAUUGGAAUUGGCUCUUGCGUGUGAUAUUCGGACUGCUUCCAGUACUGCAAAAAUUGGUUUAGUAGAAACAAAGCAUGCCAUUUUACCAGGAGCAGGUGGUACACAAAGAUUGCCUCGAAUUGUCGGUCCAGCUAUUGCAAAAGAAUUGAUUUUUACUGCUCGAAUUUUGAACGGCACUGAAGCAACCAAAUUGGGAAUAUGCAACCAUGUGGUCGAACAGAAUAGCGAAAAUGAUUCUGCCUACAAAAAAGCCAUUGAUAUAGCAACGGAAAUCCUUCCAAACGGGCCAGUAGGUGUAAGAAUGGCCAAAAGAGCCAUUGAUCAAGGAUUACAAGCCGACAUUAACACAGGGUACUUGGUCGAAGAAGCCUGUUAUGCGCAAACCAUACCAACAGCUGAUAGAUUAGAAGGACUGAAAGCAUUCGCUGAGAAACGUCAACCACGGUAUAAAGGCGAAUAGCUGUAAGGUUCUAUACUUUGUUUAUUUGUUAUGCACUUAAUUAAUGGUCGGACAGCGAUCGAUAAAUUUGUCAAUUUGUUGGGUACAGCACGAGUAUGAAGAUUACACGAUUUUUAUGUUACAAAGGU